GUUCGGCUCAGGAAGGGUUUGUGCUCACGGGGAAUAUAUAUCCAUGUCUUUAAAGUGUAAGUGUCGUUUAGAGACAAAUUAAAAAGCGUCAUAUUUUUCGUAACAACAUAGUUAACGUAGCCACUGUUACGACGGCUAAAAGCGAACCUCUAAAAACAGCUGGUGCUACAACCUCCGGUCUUAGAGACAGUUUCAUCGUCUAGGUCGGCUGCAGGUUGACUGAUGUUGACCUCUCUUCAAAAACCACAACACGACAUGUGCGCGUGUGUGUGUCUGUGUGUGACGCUGCCAGGGAGAACUGUGUAAACUCUCACUAAGUCAGUGAUAGAAUGGAGCCUCUCCACGCUGCCUGCGCCUUGUUCAGCCUUGCACCCCUGUUGGUGCUUGGGGUUGUCCCCAUUUGGACUCAGCCAGAGCAGGUGCAUCUCUCCUAUCCAGGAGUGCCAGGCUCCAUGUUAGUGACCUGGACCACCUUCAAUAAAACAGCAAGCAUGGUGGAAUACGGCCUUCUGGGGGGCCGGCUCUUUGAGAUGAGCGUCAAAGGUAACACUACCCUGUUUGUGGACUCUGGAGAAGAGAAGAGAAAGAUGUACAUCCACAGAGUCACGCUCACUGACCUCAAGCCUGCUGUUACUUAUGUUUACCACUGUGGCAGUGAUGAGGGCUGGAGUGAGAUAUUCUCCUUCACUGCUCUCAAUGACAGCAGCCAUUUCAGUCCCAGGUUCGCUCUGUACGGUGACCUGGGCAACGAGAACCCUCAGUCUCUGGCUCGACUACAGAAGGAGACUCAACUCGGCAUGUACGACGCCAUUCUGCACAUAGGGGACUUUGCCUAUGAUAUGCAUGAGGACAACGGCAGGAUCGGGGAUGAGUUCAUGAGGCAGAUCCAGUCCAUUGCAGCCUACGUGCCCUACAUGACCUGUCCAGGCAACCAUGAAUCUACAUACAACUUCUCCAACUACAGGAAUCGCUUCAGUAUGCCGGGCCAGUCCGAGAGCCUGUGGUACAGCUGGAACCUGGGGUCAGCGCACAUCGUCUCCCUCUCCACUGAGGUUUAUUUCUACCCGGAGUUUGGCCCGGAGCUCCUCUUCAAGCAGUAUGAGUGGCUUAAGAAAGACCUGGAGGAGGCCAACAAACCCGAAAACAGAGCAGCACGUCCAUGGAUCAUCACCAUGGGACACCGACCCAUGUACUGUUCUGAUGAUGACCAGGACGACUGCACCAACUUUGACUCCCAUGUCCGACUGGGACUGAACGACACCAAACCGCCAGCCCCCGGUCUAGAGGAUCUAUUUUACCGCUAUGGAGUGGAUCUGGAGCUGUGGGCUCAUGAGCACACAUAUGAGAGGCUUUGGCCUGUCUAUGGAGACAAGGUGUUCAAUGGCAGCAAAGAGCAGCCCUAUGUGAAUCCAAAAGCUCCGGUACACAUCAUCACAGGCUCGGCUGGGUGCAGAGAGAAGACCGACCUCUUCAAUCCAAACCCCAAAGAGUGGAGCGCAUUCCGCAGCACCGACUAUGGCUACACCCGCAUGCAAGUGGUGAACACUACCCAUGUUUACGUGGAGCAGGUCUCCGAUGACCAGUAUGGUAAAGUGAUUGACAGCAUAUGGGUGGUGAAGGAAAAGCACGGCUUCUCUGCCUGGUUCUGAAGACCCACAUCCUCAAAAUGAAGUGUUCUGCUCAGGAAAUGAACUGAAAAAUGCACCUUCUUUUAUGCUGCUCGUCUCAACACUUAUGCAGUGAUUGUCAAAAUCAUCUUUCUUCAUGAAUCUUUUCAUUUCAGACACUUUCCAAUCUGUUUCAUAAUAUUUUAUAAUACCGUAUCCAAUGAUCAACAACUGUGAAUGUAUAUAAUUAACUGUUGUCUGCUCUUCAACAAUUGCUUUUACAUUUUAAUAAAUCCUGAUUUCUUUUUAACUAA